AACAACAACAACAACAACAACAGCAGCAACAGCAAUUGGCAGGUGCAACAAGCGCAGCAACAAAUUGUCUAAAGUGAAGCUUUUUCGUAGCGGAAAAAAGAGAAGAGGAACGCCACAAAGAUGGCGCUGCAGCUGCCCAUGUCGGCCGUUGCCAGAGAACGCAGCAACAGCGGCAGCGCAACAACAACAACAACAACAAUCAGCAGAACAACUGGCAGCGCCGUCAACCUGAUGAGCAGCGCACCAGCGUACUGUGGCAACGCUGCCACUCGCAAGCCCAGCACAGGCAAUCAGCGUAAUCUCAAGGAGCGCGAACGUGUGACGCCAGCCACGGAGCAGCCAAAGCAGCAGCAACAACAACACCAACAACAACACCAACAACAACACCAACAACAACAGCAGCAGCAACAACAGCACCACCAAAAGCAACAACAACAACAGACACGCUUGGCGAACGCCUCGCAUCUAUUUGACCUUGAUUUUGUGCACGACGAACAAUGUCCGCUGAGCUUUACGGCCAUGCGGCACCAGGAGCCCAUCGAGCAAUGGCUAUAUGAUCGUCACGCCUGGCGCAUACGGGAGCGCAUGAAAACGGCCAGCGUGGCGCUCGUCCUGUGCCUCAACAUAGGUGUCGAUCCGCCGGAUGUGGUCAAGAUUCAGCCCUGUUCGCGGCUCGAGUGCUGGAUAGAUCCCAGUUCGGUGUCCGCACCAAAGGCCAUGGAGCUGAUCGGCAGCAAUUUGCAAAUGCAAUACGAACGCUGGCAGCCGCGCGCACGCUACAAGAAGUGCCACGAUCCCACCGUGGAGGACGUAAAGAAGCUGUGCACCUCGCUGCGUCGCAAUGCGAAAGGCGAACGCAUCCUGUUCCACUAUAAUGGCCAUGGCGUGCCCAAGCCGACGGCCAACGGCGAAAUUUGGGUGUUCAACAAGACCUUCACGCAGUACAUACCGCUCAGCAUCUUUGAGCUGAUCAACUGGAUGGCGGCGCCCUCAAUCUAUGUCUACGACUGCUCCAAUGCGGGCAUCAUCAUCAACUCGUUCCAGCCCUUUGCCGAGCAGCACGAGCAAGAGCUCGAGAAGGCGCUCGCGGCACAGGCGGCGGGUGCCCAGCCGCCGGCACAGCUGGUCAGCUACAAGAACUGUAUACAUCUGGCGGCGUGUGCGGCCAAUGAGAUCUUGCCCAUGAAUGCACAGCUGCCGGCUGAUUUGUUUACCAGCUGCCUGACUACGCCCAUUAAUAUUGCCCUCAAGUGGUAUGCGAUGCAGGAGAAGCUGGGCAUGGUGCCGCGCAUCCACAGCGAGCUAAUUGACAAGAUACCCGGCAAAGUGAACGAUCGGAGGACAAUGAUGGGCGAACUGAACUGGAUAUUUACGGCAAUUACCGAUACGAUUGCGUGGAACACGCUGCCGCGUGAGCUCUUCCAGCGUCUGUUCAGGCAGGAUCUGUUGGUGGCCAGUUUGUUUCGCAAUUUCCUGCUGGCCGAGCGCAUCUUGCGCAGUCACGAUUGUACGCCCGUCUCGUUGCCGGCUCUGCCGCCGUGUCAUCGGCACGCGAUGUGGAAGGCCUGGGAUUUGGUUGUGGAUCUGGCGCUGCAACAGCUGCCGGACAUAUUGGAGCAGCAGGCGUCAUAUCGUCAGCUGCCCUUCUUCGAGCAUCAGCUGACCGCGUUCCAGGUGUGGCUGGACAGUGAAUCGGAGUCGCGCACCCCGCCCGAGCAGCUGCCCAUUGUGCUGCAGGUGCUGUUGUCCCAGGUGCAUCGAUUGCGUGCUCUGGAGUUGCUCGCCAGGUUCCUGGAUUUGGGUCCCUGGGCUGUCAAUCUGGCGCUGGGCGUGGGCAUCUUUCCGUAUGUCCUCAAAUUGCUGCAGAGCUCGACGCGCGAGCUGCGUCCCGUGUUGGUGUUCAUCUGGGCCAAGAUCCUGGCCGUCGAUCCCAGCUGCCAGGUGGAUCUGGUCAAGGAGUACAAGUAUUUUCUGACCGUGCUGCAGGACAACAUUGUCAGCAAACAGCAUCGCACUUUGUCCGCCUUUGUUCUCGCUUCCAUUGUCCACAACUUUCUGCUGGGCCAGACGAGCGCCCUGCAGGGACCGCUACUCUCCAUAUGCCUGGAGCAGCUGAACGACAGCAGCUGGCUGCUCCGCCAGUGGCUGGCCAUCUGCCUGGGCAUGCUCUGGCAGAACUUUGAGAAGGCCCGUUGGUCGGGUGCCCGCGAUCUGGCGCACGAGAAGCUCUACGUCCUGUUGCGCGAUCCCAUACCGGAGGUCCGUGCCGCUGCCGUCUUUGCGCUGGGCACCUUCAUCAGCUCUGUGACGGAUCGCAGCGAGGAGCAGGCCAACAACAUCGAUCGCAUUAUAGCCAUCACGCUGCUGGAGACGGUUGGCGAGGAUAUGUCGCCGCUGGUGCGCCUCGAGCUAGCCGCCGCGCUCCAAUGGAUGGUGCUGCUCUUCGAGUCGCAGUUCGUCACCGUCUACAUGGCCGAGCACAUGAACAGCCACAGCUCGGCGCUGGUCUCGUGCGGCGGGGAGCGCAGCGCGAGCAUCACGCACGCCCUGCCCAGCUAUGUGCUGUCCACGCACAGUCUAGAGCGGCACGGACAUGCCAGCAUACGACGCGGCGUCAGCUCCAGCUCCAUAUCGAACAUGAGCAGCACCAGCCUGGCGGGCAGCGGGGGCGCCGGCAGUGCUGGCGCCGGCGGAGGCAGCAGCGGCAGCAGCAACACGAGCAGCGCGACCAAUGCCAUACCAUUUCAGUACAUCUUCACCAAGCUGUGGCAGGGCAUCUACAAUCUGGGCCAGGAUCCGUUUCCGCUGGUGGCCCUAACCGCGCAGAAGAUUAUCGCGCAUGUACGGGACGCGGCGCUCUGCAUGAUAACCGCCAAGGAGGCGACAAAUGCCACAGCAGCGGCGACCACAGCUGGCCGGGAUCAGGAGAAGCUGAACAGCAGCAUCUUGAGCGUCAGUCUGCCGCCCAGUCCGAAUACUCGCUGCAAUUAUCUUGGCGCCAGCGGCGAAUCGCCGCCAGUUAGUGCAGCUGGAGCGGCACCUGCUGCGGGCGCUGGUGCGGGUGCGGGUGCAGGUGGCAACGGCGCCAGUCACUGGGCACAGAAGCUGCGUCUAUCGAGCAGCGGCGAGGCACAACAGCGCAAGCUGCGCACCAGCUCGAUGAACGACGAAACCGAUGGCGGUGCCGGCGGAGCAACUGCAUCCAAGACGGUAACAGGCACAAGUGCCAAUGUGCUGGGUCUGAUGGCCGGCGCCGCCGCCGGCGCCGGUCCAGCCGAUGGCAACAAUUCGGCCAGGAGCAGCGGCAGCGAAACGAAUCAUUAUACGGACGCGAGCAAUGCCAAGGCGCAGAUGCUGCUGCAGCCCAUCGUGCAGACGCAGUUUAUCCCGUGGGCCAUCUCCUACUUUACGCGUCCCGGCAAGCAGCGCUACAGCAGCGCCGAGGGCAGCACCGACGAGGAGCAGGGCCAACAGCGCUGGCCCAUCGAUCGCAACUCGGCGGAGCUGCGCACACGCGAGUAUCGCUAUCAGCGGAACGAGCUCAUCCGUCGCCAGGCACGCCGCGAACAGCAGGAGAAUCGAGUCCAGCGCCUGGACGCAUUCAGCUUUGUUCGCAAAACCCAAUUCACGCCGUCCCUGGUCAAGCUGUUGCCCUACGAGCAACAGAUCGCGGUCGCCUACAAGGAGAAGGUGCUCAUCUACGAUUUUGUGCGCAAUUCUGUGCACAGCUACGUGACCGAGGCCCUGCCGGACACAGCCAGCGGCCAGUCCCUCGGCAACAGCGCUGGCAGCGGCGGCGGCGGCAGCGGCAGCAGCGGAAACAACAGCGCCAGCCGGCGGCUCAAUGCCAGCCGCUUGCCCGCCUCCAGAUUUGCGCGCGUCUGCAGCUUUGAGCUGUUGAAUGCCCAGGAUGUGGGUCUAAUGCUGGUCGCACACGACGAUGGCGUCAUACGCGUCUGGCAGUCGUCCGGCGGUCCGCAGGAUGCGACCGGCAGCAGCAGCAGCGGCGGCGAACCGCAAGCGAUCACAACUCGCCUGAUCAGCGCCUGGGAUGCACUGCCUCGCGCCGCCUACUACAGCACCGGAGCCGGCAGCGCCGGCGGCGGCAGUAGCAGCAGCAGCAGCAGCGCCGGCUGCAUCACUAGCAACAGUUCCUAUCUGCAGCGUCUGCUCAAAUCGGAUCCGCUGCUGCUCAACACCUCCGGCGGCAGCGCCGUUAACAGCGGCUCCACAGUCGCCGCAGCUGCUGCGGCUGCCGCUACCGCUGCAGCUGAACGUUUCGCUGCCGCUGCCCUAACCGGCGGCGGGAGCGGAGUUAACGCCGGCUCCAAUAGCCUGGGCAGCGGCAGCGGCAUCCACUAUCGGGCGAGCACGGACAUUGUGACAGCCUGGCAACAAUAUAGCCAGCAUCUGGUCGUGGGCUGUGACUAUUAUCGCUAUCUGCGCAUCUGGGAUGUAGAGCGGGAGCUGCGUCUCAGCGAUCUGCAGCUGGGACGCCGCGAAACGAGCGUACGCGUCCUCUCACCGUUUGUGGCCAACAAGCGCUGUGAUCUGAUCGUCGCCGGCUGUGCGGAUGGCAGCGUGCGGCUCUUUGACAAGCGCUGUGCACCGCAGGAUGCCCGGAUACGUGUCUAUCGGGAGCACAUGGCGCCCAUACUUCAUGCCUGCCUGCGCGCCAAUGAGACGUCCCUGGUCACCGGCUGUACGGCGGGCAAGCUGUCCGUUCUGGAUUUGCGCGCUUGCCGGGCGGGCGGUGCCACCGGCGUGCUGCAUCAGUGGGAGGCGGGCGUCGAUAUCACAGCCAUGGCCAGUCAUCAGGUGGCGGAUGCUGUUGCCUGCGGCAAUUCAUCAAAGAUCUGCAUCUAUUCGCUCAAUGGACGCACACAGAGCGUUCUGCGCAGCAACGAGGGCUUCAUGGGCUCCAAAAUUGGACAUCCCACAUGCCUGUCAUUUCAUCCGUACAAGGUGCAACUGGCGGUGGGCUUUGUGGACAACACAGUAGCUGUCUACAGCCCCACACCAGUUUUAUAAACUCUGCAGCCGCUGGAAAACGGACGUCGAUAAGAAUCCUGAAACAAUGUUUAAUGCACGUAGCUUCUAUGCGGAGCCUGCGAUGCAGUCAGCAGUGGCGCAUGUGCGUUCCAACACAAAAUUAAUGGACUU